CAAUCGAUAAACGAUAUUUUUUUUUUGUAAAAUCGGCUUCGCUGGAAAUCUGCGAAAAUAUUUCUGUUUUGUCUAAUUGUUAAAGUCCAUUCAAUGUGAAAAUAAAUUGUAGGAAUGGUGAAUAAAACCCGUGUUCGAAAAUGAAACGGGAAAAAGGCGACAACGCACAGCUGGUGCUUGUUCUUAUAUAAAAGGCAACAACGGCCUCUCCGCGUCAUCAUCUUGAAUAAUAAUCAUCAGCAUUUUUCAAUUAAUAAGGAAAACGGUUAAUAUAAAAGCAAGCACCCGAAGAAGGAGCUUGCACCAACAUGAGCGUUUUCGAUGACUUCCAGCGUCUGUGGAUGCAGCGAUUUCCGCAAAGCUCUCUAUCCGAUGCAUGGGAACAAGAUGUUCGGGCUAGUCUCGAGCGACACAAAGUGCGCAUUAAUGAGCUAAGCAAGGAGCUUGAGCAGGAGACGCUCUAUGUGGAGUAUCUAGAGCGUCUGCUGUCCGACGUGGAACGGUAUCGCGUUUCUGGCGGGGAUCCAAAGGCACUCUUUGAGGCUGCUAGCGGUAGUUGUGCUAGCAGCAAUAACAGCAACUGCAGCAGCACCACCAAUGGAGCUACACAAGAAGAAAGCAACACUAAUCUGGACAAAGAUUUUAAAUCUAGUUUAAAUCUGCGCGAGUCUCCUUCUUCCACUGGCGCCAAGGACAAGGAUCGCCUGUCGCUCAACCCAGACAACAAAUACACAACACACACAAAUGCCGUUAUAGGUGGGAUCGGAUCGGAAAAGGUGAGCGGUCCACUUCACUCCACUCAGAUCACGGCGGACGGCAAACGAACAGGGGAGCUGUAUUUAAAGCGGGAAGAAGACAAAUGCAAGGAUAGUAAUAGUGAGGACACCGAUGGGGCCCUGCAGCAGUGCAUCACGGAAUUGGCGGCGUCUUUAAAAGCCCAGCCGGAUAACGUGGCAGGAGGGCGUCUAGAAAACGAUGUCGAUAUCGAUAAACCGCUGCGCAAGUCGACGUCACAAUACGUUACUGUCAUUCAGGUCAAAGAGGCCAAAGACAAAGAAAGCGCUGAUGGAACUACCUCGUCAUCGGGGAUCGGUGAACCGCAGCAGCAACCCACUCCACCAUCCACAUUUUCUCGAUAUUCGGAGGCCACCGCUCCACCGCUUUCGCCAUCGCUCACAUCGUACGCUGCCCACGUAGAGGCCAAGAAGAAAAUGCCACCCAGACCUCCGCCAAAGAAUAUUCGGCGAGUUGAGCCCCCUACCAUUCCCAGCCAGCAGCUAUCGUCUUCGCCCAAAAGGGAGACAUAUAUGAUCAACACGAUGCCAAGCAGUUCAAGCGGCAGUCUCUGCAUUGACAGCCUGGGCAAUUCGCUGGAGCGGAACAUCAAGCCGUCUGAUAUACUACGUCAGAAAUCAUCUGAUAAUUUGGAUUCCAAGUACUCGGCAAAACGGAAAACCACACCGGAGCUUAGUAAAUUUGUGAACGUAAACAAUCCUGAAUUAAUGGAGGAGCUCGGUCGUAAGAUGGUAAGCAAGGCAGACAGCCUGGAACAAACGAGGAGGAACGACUCGUCGCCUUCUGGCUGUGGUAGCCUAGGACGCACUUCCUCCACGCCUGGGCGAUCGUUGACUCCUGGACGAACCGGAGUUGGUGCCUCGCCAACUGGUAGUCUAAGUAAAACCGGAAAACUGGCAAUGGCGGACAGCAGCUCCACUAGCAGUCUAGAGAGGAGAUCGUGCCUGCAGGCUGUCGAUGCGGACAUUGGAACGGAAUCGCGGGAAUCGGGUGCCAACCAGCGUAGUGUAGGGUCCAAGGAGUCGCUGACAUCACAAGGCAUAUCGGAGGUGCAGAUCAAGAGCUACGAAAGCGUGUCUUCGCUAAGUUCGGAAAGUGCAAAGGCGGUGGCUUCCCAACAGUCGGCGGCAGCGGGCGGAGCUUUAGCGGAGUGUGAACCGUACUAUGAUAGCGUACCGCUCGACAACGGCGACGGAGAAUACGUUUUUAUUAAGCCCGGCCGCACCGGAUCCUCAUCCAGUCGCGAUGAUUUGUCGACGCCUGGGAGCAGCAUUUUGCCUUUGCCUAAUGUAGCGGAUCCCGAAUCUCCAGGCAGGACCUCUAACUACGUCAACAUCGAUUUCUUCCUUCAGCAAGGAAUUGAGACGCGCUCCAGUUCGCUAGACAGUGACGGGGAGUACGAGGGUCCGCCCAUAUUACGCACCAUUUCGCACGACGAUCAAACCACAACACAAACUACUCCGGGAGCAAUUCGCAAGAACUUAGUUUCGGCGAUACUUGUUUGUGGAAAUGCGCGCGGUGCUAAAAUACGUUCCAUACUUAGCUCAAUUAUUCAAAGUGAGACUAUCUACGUGGAAUGCCUCAAUAAAAUGAUGCAGUACAAGAAGGCCAUCCACGCAACCCUAACUACUUCGCAGCCUGUGAUCAGGGAGGAGGAGGAGAACACAAUUUUCUUUAAAAUUGAUGAGCUUUACGAUCUGCAUACCGGUUUCUUAUCUGAUUUAAAGACUAUUGUGUCUCACGAGGGUGGUGAUGUGCUGAUCGGUGAGCCGUUUCGUCGACUGGCGGAGAUGUUUGACUUAUACAGUGCCUUUUUGCACAACUACAAAAAUGCUAUUGAGACUGUGAAGAAGUGCAGUGCCAAUAACCCCCAGUUUAAAAAGAUCGUCUCCACCAUUGUGCUUAAUCUGCAGACGGAACAAUCGCUAACUCUCGAGGAUCUAUUGCACAAACCUGUUGCGAGGGUACAAAUCAACGCAUUGGUCUUCAACGAUUUGCUACGCGAAACCCCAAAUGCGCAUCCGGAUCACCAGCCAUUAAGGCAGGCGCAAAAGAUUAUUCAGAUGUUCCUCAAUCAGUUCAAUGUGGUCAAUCAGCGGUUGCCCAUUGAAUCGAAUCGAAAUUUAAGACGCAUGGUGCGUAAUUCUUUUAUUGUAGAACUUGUCGAUGGACAUCGUAAGCUGCGGCAUCUCUUUCUUUUUAAUGAUGUCAUCGCAUGUGCCAAAUACAAAGCAUUAGGCCGCGAUCGUAUCGACUAUGAGCUCAAAUGGUUCAUUCCGCUAAAAGACGUAUCCAUUUACGAGGAAGCAGAUCCGGCGGUCGAGCUUAAGGAAUCUAGUCCAGCAAACAUUUCGCAAGUAAAACGCAAUUUGCGAUCCGUUCGAGAUCAAUUGGCCAUGGAGGUGGCUAACAGUGGAAGUGGAGCCUUCCGUUCCGGUGAUAAGUAUCGCCGCAAGCUGGCGGAUCUGGAAUCACAGCUGGUGCUGGCAACGCCCAAUUUAGUGUUGCGCCUGGGGAACAAGGCAAAUAAUAAAACCAUAACCUUCUUUCUUAGCUCGGAUUUUGAGAGGACGCAGUGGAUCGACUCAAUCUUAUCCCUUAAGCAAAAAUGCAACCUGCCUGGAGCAAAUACUAUUAAUUCCCUGGAGGUUACCGCCUUCAUUGUAGCCAUGCAGAAGGGCAUGAAAACCGAAAUGGGUUCAUAUCUUAUGCGUAACACUAACGACGAGAGCCUGUUGGUUGGGGACCUGUACAUGGGAGUUCAUGGAUUGGAAGGACUGGAGCAAGCGAACGACCUGUACAUCUGCGUCGAGGUGGACUCCUAUGGCCACUAUUUUCGCAAGGCCACCACCAAGAAGAUAUGUCGCAGUCAAACGCCGCUCUGGAACGAAAGCUUUAUGCUGGAACUGGAGGGCAGCCAGAAUGUACGCAUUCUUCUUUAUGAGGCUAAGGAGCGACCGCUUCUUAAAGCCAAGCACAUACUUAAGUUGAGUUUAAGUUGGCUGACAGAAACAACGCAGCCGAAGUCAAUUAAACUUACUGAGACCUUAGAGCUCGGCUGUAGCUUCCGUUUUAUACCAGGCGAGCUCUUCCGCGGCAGCACAAAGCCAGGAGCCCUCUUCGGUGCCAAAAUGAGUCAAGUAUUAAAACGUGAAAAACGCGACAUUCCGUUCAUCAUAGGCGCCUGCAUUCGGGAGGUAGAGCGGCGUGGGAUGCUGGAGGUUGGCUGCUACCGCGUCAGCGGUUCCGCUUCUGAUUUGGCGAAGCUGAAGAAGGCCUUUGAGUCUGAUGCCUAUGAGGCGGAGCAGUUGCUACGCGAGGUGGACAUCCAUUCGGUCACUGGCAUUCUGAAAACUUUUUUAAGGGAGCUCCCCGAGGCCCUUUUCACGGAUCAACUUUAUCCACGAUUUUUCGACACAUUCAGCGCCUUUAGCAACAACAACGAAUCCACACGAAUCAACGAGCUUCUAAAAGUUUUUGAGGAGUUGCCACAGGCCAACAAAGCCUCCAUUACUUCGAUAUUAGAUCAUUUAAUAAGAGUCCACGAAAAGGAGACAGAUAACAAGAUGUCGUUGCACAAUCUGGCCAUGGUGUUUGGACCAACCUUGCUAAGGCCGGGCCAAACGCAGGUGAAGCAGAAGGAUCCACUGGCAGCCAGCACAGUCGACGUUAUGGCUCAGGCAGGAAUCCUAUACUGCUUUCUUCAGGCACGGAUCAAGAAGGAUUAGGAUUUCGUGAGCAGUUUACACAGAUACAUAUGGACAUAUAUAUAUGUACAAAAAUUAUAUUUUUUACAAACAAUAGCAAUAAUACGAUGGAAGUUGAUGGACAGUCUACUCAUACGUCACGUCUCUAUCUUAAUGACAACCCCUUAUAUUAUAUAACAAACCGCCCAACUACCUUGAAACUACGGAAAAGGCCAUUAAAUUCCGAAAACACCAUAAAACACUGGUGCUGCCUACUGUAUAUACCAGAAUCCGCAACUGCAAUUAUAAACCGAAUAUGAUGAUAUGACGUGGAAAAGGGAAACACCAGGAUCUAUGUAAGGAUCCAGGGAUGUCACAUAUCAGCUCAAUGUCGGGUCAUCCAUGUACAUCGCACACCUGGAACUAGCAAGUGUUUAACACUUGUACAUCGCUGCUUCUCCGUUACUGAAAAUUACUCCCAUAUAUUACCCGUACUUUACUAGACAUGUACAUUUGGAUGCAAGUUCUGCUUACCGUAACAAGUGCAAAAAAGAGCAACAGAAAAAUUGCAAAUAUUUUCAACAAUUAAAAUAUAUAUCUACAAACAU